AUGAGCGGUGCAAGCGCCACGGUGCAGCAGGCGGCAGAGGAUGCAUGCACCACCAUGCAGGCUGCGUUGGCUUCGCUCAAGGAUGCCUGCGACGCCUCCUGCCCGGCGCCGUCGCGGCAGCAGGUGCAGUCGGCUACUCACCUGCUCCGCAUGGAGGUUGCCAAGCUGGGCCUGGUGUACAACCAGCAGCAGCAGGGCAGCUCGCCCACAGUGGAGGAGGCUACAGCCCUGCUGGGGGGCUUCCAGCAAGCCGUCUGCACGCUGUGCAUGCUCUACACAUCCAUCGCCGCCGCCGCCGGCGGGCCCACGCUGCGCCAGAGCCUGCAUCAGACCGCCACGUCGGUUGUCGAGGCCUGCGCGGCGCUCAUCAGGGGCGCGGUGGUUGGCGGCUUGCGCGGCCCUCAGCUCAUGGUGCUGUCUGGCUUCUGCCUGGAGAUGCUGGAAGCUGCCGGCAAGGCGCCGCUUAACAACCGCACAGCCAUUGGCCGCGCCAUCACGCGGGUCCUGAAGCAGCUGGCAGAUGCGCAGAAGGAGCUGAGCGAGGCAGUGCAGGCGGCCGAAGCGGAGGAAGAGGCAGGUGCAGCCAACGGCAGCGCCAGCGCCGAGCAGCAGAACGGCACUGCGGCAGCAGCAGCAGAAGAUGAUGCCGACUCUGAUGCGGGCUUCGGGUUUGAGGAGGAGGCGUUUGGCGCGGAGCAGGUGGCGGUGGCGCGGCACGUGCGCGCUAUGCUGGCAGCCACUGUGGGCCUGGUCAGGGCGGUGGUGAGGCAGCUGCUGGCGGAGAGGGAGGGGUUGGGCGAGGAGGCGGUGGAGGGGUGGGAGUCGAUGCUGUAUCAUGUCAAGACGCUGAGCCCGCUGUGCGAUGACCUCUCAGCGGCCACCUACCCGCCUCAAGACCCAGAAGAGCUUGCUUCUGCGGCAGAGGCGUUGGCCACAAGCUGCGCACUGCUGCUGGAGGAGUGCCCCGAGGGAGCUCCCUCUGCAGCAGCAGACAGUGCGCCGGCGCAGGAGCAGUCGCAGGAGCGGGGGCCGGUAGCGCUGCAGGCUCCGAUGGAAGAGGUGAUGAACACGCAUCGCGGGCUGGUGCAGCAGCUGGCAGCUGGUAACGACGACGCUGCACAGUAG